AUGCCUCACGCCAUCCCGCGGGAGCAUUCCUUCACCUUCUACGCCCCCGGCCCUCAACCAUCCUCCAAGCUGGACAACACCAUGCAGCUUCCAUAUCCAAGGAUGGCCAACGCCUACGAUCACGACCCCCUCCGCACAGCCUCUCGAGCUCCCCUUACGCCUCCAGACCUUCCUGGCUCAGCACUACGGGUCGUCUCGCUCCCAUCCAACCAGGGCUCGGGCAAUCAGUAUGGCUACCAACUACCAGCAAUCGGCAACUCAAGAUCAGCAGCUGCACCAAGAAGCCCCAGCCCGCAACGACAGCAACAGCAACAGGCACAAGAGACGUCACAAACACCAAAGAAGAAGUGGUCAAUAUCUCCAAAUCUACGGAUCCCACCAACCAUCAACACACCACAAGAAGGCCUUCCUCAACUGGCAGCAGAGAUUACCUGUCUUUUCUGGUUUGAGAGUUCGGCAACCCUGAAACAAGUCGUUGACACAACCUCACCUCGCCAGCCCAUGCAGCCUCUGGUCCCAGAUGCACACCCUACAACUGGCUUUAGGAAAUGGGUAGCCACCAUUCUGACAACAACUCAGGUAGCACAGAAUGUGAUUCUUCUCGCACUCCUCUUCAUAUACAGGCUGAAGCAGACCAACCCAACUGUCAAGGGAAAGCCCGGCAGCGAAUACCGUCUUCUCACCGUAGCGCUGAUGCUUGGAAACAAGUUUCUCGAUGACAACACGUAUACGAACAAGACGUGGGCCGAAGUGUCAGGCAUCUCAGUACAAGAGGUUCACAUCAUGGAAGUCGAAUUCCUCAGCAAUAUGCGCUACAGCCUUUUCACCUCAAAGGACAAGUGGAACGAGUGGCACGGUAUUUUGGGCAAGUUUGGCACCUUCUUUGACCAGGCCUCCAAAAUACCCGCAUCCGGCGCCGUCAGCCCAGUUGGUCCCCAGAAUAUGCUCGGCGUUCCUUCAAACGUGGUCCCCUCACCACCGACCCAGCAACAAGCGUCUCCACAAACCUCCAUGUACUCCCCGAGCCACGUUGCACUCUCCAAGACACCGCUGUUGCAACCACAGGCUACAUCUACCAACGUUUCUCCGAUUGGUGCUCUUCCGGAGUUGGGUUCGAUUCAACGCAAGCGCAGUGCAGACUACACCAACGAACCACCAGCGAAGCGACAGGCUCACGGAUUCGCCCCUGGACCCUACAGCAACGCUCCCCCAAUCCCUACGCUCCAGACGCCCAUCAACAGAUCGUUUGAACCGCCGCCAUCUGUGAACCGGCUGCCGCCUCUGCCCAGCCUCUCGAUCCCUCCACCUCAGCAAGUACCACCUACCCAAGCAAAGACCUGGUCUGAGCUCCCCUUGCCUGUACCUGGAGGCCGGUCCAUGGCCAUGGUAUACCCACCACCGGUUCAAUGGCCACAGCCUAGUAGCACUCCUACAAGCUCAGCCCCUCCUGCUUUCCCUCACAGUUACACACCAUCUGCUGAGCAGCCUCGUCAGGUUAGCCCAUACCAACAGUCUGCGGGGUCGUCACCUGUGAGUACGUCGUAUGCUGCAACGGGUUCUCGUCAACUGUCGCCCUCGCACUUCCUCAACCAGCGACAGUCGCCUUAUCGACCGGUCCGUGGUGUACAUACCCUGCUUGUCCCACCUCCCCAAACAUCCAUCCACAACCCCGCGCGCAAUAUUGCAUACGAUCAGAUGCAGUACCAGCCAUUGGGUCGGCCUAUGACUGACCGUCGGUCGGGCUUGCUGCCCUACAUGGACCGUAGUGCUUGGCCCGAGACGAACCAGUUCAACCAACUCCCCAUCCCCCAACAACCUAUUUUCAGAUGA